AUUAUCCGUCUUCUGAAUUUGCCACAGUUGGCCAGCAGUGUGGUCCGAGGCUUCCGUGUGACGGCUCAUGCCUGCCUCGAGACCUGUCCCUCGGUUGUAGCCUCUCUUCAGUACACCAAUGUGGAAUGCUGCCUUGAAGACCUGUGCAAUUGGCCUGAGGCUUCUGAAAAGAAACUGGCAGCUCUGCAACCGACUCGUGCCAAUAGUACCACAACUCGACCCUCAUCGGCAUGUUGGCUCCGCAAUCCAUGGACAAUACUGAUCCCCUCAAUAUUGACUGUCGGGCUUGCUUACCUUCAUGUGGGCGUCUAA